AUGACAAAGAAACUCUCUUCCCACAAGCGGUUGCUGACCAGCUACUGCAAAAAGCUGGAAACAGCUCUCUCGCGUUUCAAAGGGGAGAAGUUAGAGACUCUGAAGGUUUUGGAUGAGGACCGCACUCCAGGGUAUGAGAAAGAGUGCCGAAAGAGGCUCCAAGAGGGGCUUGGAGUUAUUGAGGCAUGUACUUCAAAAAUCGAACAGUUGUGGAAAGAGUAUGGGGACGCGUUUGAUCGAAUCGAAGAUCUACCAAAAUCAGAAAGUGACGAUUACGAGGUGUAUUCGGCCUUAGCAGAGGAAGCGCUCAGUUCAGCCCUCGACUAUACAGUCAUUCUAGAAGGCCGAUUGCGUGCUUUCAAAUCAGGUAAUGGGAGUAGUUCUGAACUUACUAGGACUACUCUCCCGAAGUUAAAAAGAUCGAACUACCAACUUUACCCAUUCCAACUUUUACGGGGUAAUACAUGGGAUUGGGACAACUUUUGGAUUUUAUUCACAGCCAAUAAGGCGGUAGAAUUAUUGAUUUCAAAAUACGGGAAUCAUGAAGAUCUAGUAAAACACUUAAUCGACCGCUUAGAAAAGACCACUUCGCGUUCAACCUCGACCAAGGACCUGCGCGUGCUGCUAGAGCUACUUCAGGCCAUAAUCUCACAGCUCCAGGACAAGGGCGAGCCAGUGGAUGGCCAACUGCUUGUGAAACAGGUUCUAUCGAAAUUCUCGGAUCGUCUACAAAGAAGGGUGCUAGAAAGGAAGUAUUCCAUGGAGGGAUCCUUUCACAUGGAAACUCUUUUCCAGACUCUCGAGGAUAUCAUUUCUAAGGAAGAGCAAAUUGCGCUGUACACUGCCAAAGAUGUCGCGUCUCAGGCACGGGAGAGGAAGGAGACCAUUCCUAAGGAGCAGGUUCGAGCGUUGGGGUUAGAUUUUUGA